AUGGAUGCAGAGAUGGCUUCCUGGAAGUCCACAGGCACCUACAUUGACGCGGUUCCCCCACCUGGGGCGAACAUCGUCAGUGGCAUGUGGAUCUUCAGGGUGAAGCGGCCGCCGGGCUCUCCGCCUGUCUUCAAGGCACGCUACGUGGCUCGUGGCUUCAGUCAGCGGCAGAGAGUUGACUACUUUCAGACCUUCUCUCCCACCCCGAAGAUGACCACUCUUUGGGUACUGCUACACAUAGCCGCUCAGCGUGACUACGAGCUUCACUCCCUUGACUUCAGCACUGCUUUCCUGCAGGUCUACGGUCUCCGCCAGGCACCGCGCGAGUGGCACGACACACUGAGGACUACGCUUGCGGCUCUUGAGUUUGCUCCCUCUACUGCUGACCCGUCGCUGUUUCUACGCACCGACACCUCUUUGCCGCCGUUCUACAUCCUCGUGUACGUCGACGACUUGGUCUUUGCCACUGCUGACACUGCUGGACUCGCCCACGUGAAGUCCGAGCUGCAGAAGAGACACACGUGCACAGACCUGGGUGAACUGCGCAGCUACCUUGGCUUGCAGAUCACCCGGGACAGAGCACGCCGCACCAUUACCCUGACUCAGUCACACAUGGUGCAGCAGGUCCUUCAGCGCUUCGGCUUCACGUACUCCUCGCCUCAGGCCACUCCUCUGUCUACUCGCCACUCGCUCUCAGCUCUGCCUUCGGAUGAGUCCGUAGAGUCGAGUGGCCCGUACCCAAAGCUUGUUGACUGCCUCAUGUACCUGAGAGCCUGCACACGACCUGACCUUGCAUACCCUCUUAGCAUCCUGGCACGCUAUGUUGCUCCUGGGAGACACCGACCAGAGCACAUGGCUGCAGCGAAGAGGGUGUUGCGCUACGUAUGCAGUACGUCGGGCAUGGGGCUAGUGCUUGGAGGGCAGAGUCCAGUGGUCCUCACUGGGCACGCGGACGCUUCUUGGGCUGACGACCAGGCUACGCAGCGGUCGUCACAGGGUUACACCUUCAGCCUUGGUUCCGGCUUUGUUUCGUGGCGGGCUACUCGCUCGUCUUCUGUUCUCGGCUCCAGUUGUGAGGCUGAGAUCUACGCCGGGGCCAUGGCUGCACAGGAGCUUCGCUGGCUCACCUACCUGCUGACCGACCUUGGAGAGCCGCCUCGUUCUCCUUCAGUCCUGUACGUAGACAACAAGGCCAUGCUGGCCUUGUGUCGAGAGCAGAGACUGGAGCACAGAACAAAGCACAUUUCUCUUCGCUACUUCCUUGCUCGUGAGCUACAGCAGCGUGGUCAGUUGCGCCUUGCGUACGUGGCCUCUGAGGCCAACACUGCUGAUGUUUUCACCAAGGCACUUGCGCCUUGUGAUCAUCAGCGCUUCUGUACUCAGCUUGGUCUUGUGCGUGUCUUGCCUCACUUGCUCACUUCUUGA